AUGGAAGUCCAUGCUGAACAAUUACAAAAGCCCCCCGUUGUCCGUGGUGCCCGAGCAUGUACGACGUGCCGUGCAGCAAAGAUGAAAUGCGUCGGAGCUGAGGAUGGACAAAGACAGUGCCAGCGUUGCAAGCGUGCAAACGUCCAAUGCAUUUUUGAGAAACAUCGUCGAGGCCGCAAACCAGGCUCCAAGCUUUCGGAAGCUUCCAAAAUGUUACGACGUUUGGAGAAGGGUCUCAAUAGUGCCAAAUCCAAAGCUGUCUCUAUAGACGCAAGACAUUCAUCCUCGUAUCGAGACUCGCAUCCCUCUCCUGGUGAGCCAGAUGACCGUUAUACCAACGGUGUCCGUAGUCAUCCCUACAGCCCUCCAAAUGGGCAAUUCGUUUCAAAUCUACCACCUCUCAAUCUCCCUUCCUAUCCUGAUGCUGCCAGCGAAUACACUGCAUCUAGUACAAGCUCUCGUACCUUGGACGCGAAUGAUGAUGAAGACGACAGUGCGUCCGAUCGCGCAGAGGAUAACAUUUUCCCGGCCAACUUUAUUCAGCGGGAGCGUAGACGAAAUUCCUUCUUUAGAACAAUACUCAAUCCUGAAGACGCUCCUGCCUCAGGACCAUCUUCUGUCCGUGGCUCUGAGACGUACAGCCCUCCUCAAUCUCCUGCCGCUCCUGCCGGUCUUAACGACCCCGUAUCAGCCGGUAUUGUGGAUGAAGAGCAUGCCAAAGUUCUAUUUGAUCUGAUCUUCCUUCGUCUUAAUCCUUUCAUCAAUCUUUUUGAUCCCUCUCUGCAUACAGUUUCAUAUGUUAGGAACAAAUCGCCGUUUUUGUUCACUGUCUUGAUAAUGGCCGGCUGUAAAUUCUUCAGGCCGGAACUCUUCAAGCAGUGCCAGAAACUUGCGGACGAAUAUGCUGUUGUGCAAGCUUUUGCGUGCCUUACUUACUGGAAAGGCCACGAUGACAAUCGUACGAGUACCUGGACCUUUGUAGGUUAUGCAUGCCGAAUGGCUGUGGAGAUCGGUCUCAAUCGCUAUGUCCCCAAUGUUCCGUCCAAUGAGACCGAACUACAACGAUUGGAGCGUCGUAAUCGAGAAAGAACUUAUCUUGUUCUUUUCAUCCAUGAUCGCAGCCUCAGCACCCAGACGGGUCGCCACUGGAUGCUUCCCGAGGAUGACUUUAUUCGACAUUCCGAUAGAUGGCACGAAAGUUCCGGAGGUUCUGUUCGACCGGAAGACGUUAUUGUGGCUGCUUUCGUGCAAUUGCGGCACAUUGCUGCUGAAACGACAGAGAUAUUCCAAAGAGGUGUUGACAUGAGUUCUGAAGUUGUACUACGUAGCUGCAACAGUCAGCUAACCCAAUGGAAUGAAACCUGGCAUCGAGAGAUGCAACAAGCGGGAGGAGGUGCCUUCCAUUUUUCGUUCCUUAGUCUGUUUCGGUUAUACGUUCGAUUGUUCACUAACAGCCUUGCACUUCGAGAAUCGUCCAAUCGAGCUACUCCGAACAUUCAAGCUCUUUCAGCAUGUUAUACGAGUGCCGUUGAUUCCCUGAAAGUCGUCUCGGAAUUUGCUAGAAUGAAUGUAUUGCGUUAUGGACAGGAGACUAUCACAAUGAUGUCCGCAUAUGCCGCACUAUAUUUAUUAAGCCUCUUUCGUUAUUCCAGCUACUCCGCAAUAACACUUCGUUACUGCAGCUGCACGAUGGCGCAACUCAAAAUGCGUAUACUGUGA